AUUAACUCCACUACGCUUCUCUCUCUGCAAUUACUCUUUAAGAGCAUCUUUCUCUAGAAUAUUGAAUAUUGCUAACUUGAGCGUCAAAGUGUUUUCCCCGAGCAAACAUCCUCGAGAAUUUUAGGUACACACUUUUUAUAAUGGUUUAUUUCCUAAUAAUUGUAUCAUGAUUGAUGCAACUACCGGAGGAUCAUUAAUGAGUAAAAAUGUUGAUGAGGGUUAUAACCUCAUAGAGGAGAUGGCUUCGAAUAGUUAUCAAUGGGGUUCGGAAAGAUCACACAUUAAGAAAAAUGUUGGAAUUCAUGGGGUUGAUGCCUUUACUGCUUUGAUAGCACAAAUUGAGGCUUUAAACCAAAGGUUUCAAAGUCAAGAAGCAGCAACUAAGAGCUUUGAAGCUACAGUCCAGAACCAAGGGCAUCAAUUCGGGAAUUUAGAGGUUCAAGUAGGUCAAUUGGCAAAUAUGAUUUCUGGAAGAAACCAAGGAGCUCUACCUAACAAUAUAGAGAUAAAUCCCAAGGAACAGGUAAAUGCCAUAACUUUGAGAAGUGGGAAACAAAUUCAAAGAGAGCAAGACAUGAUAAGUGAAUCAAAAGAGAAAGAGAAAGAAAUUCAUGGGGAAGAUGAAGUUCAAGAACCACCCAAACCCAAGGAAAUCAAGCCAUAUGUGCCUUCCAUUCCUUUUCCUCAGAGAUUGAAGCAGCAGCAAUACAAUAAGGAAUUUGGUAAAUUUUUUGACAUGCUUAAGAAAUUGCACAUUAACAUUCCUUUUGUAGAUGCAAUAGCUCAGAUGCCAAAUUAUGCAAAAUUCUUGAAGAGCAUCUUGACAAAUAAGAGGAAAUUGGAAGAUUUUGCAACGGUGACUUUAAAUGAGGAGUGUUCAACAAUUUUACAAAAUAAGCUUCCUCCUAAAUUAAAAGAUUUAGGGAGUUUCACCAUUCCUUGCACUAUUGGAAAUCAUCAUUUUGAUAAAGUUUUAUGUGAUUUGGGAGCAAGUAUUAACUUGAUGCCUUUUUCUGUUUUUAGGAAAUUAGGGCUUGGAGAGCCAAAAGCAACCAAUGUAUCCCUUCAACUUGCAGAUCGAUCUAUCAAAUAUCCAAGGGGUAUAGGUGAAGAUGUUCUGGUAAAAGUAGAUAAGUUUAUAUUUCCUAUUGAUUUCAUAGUGUUGGAUAUGGAAGAGGACUACGAGGUCCCUCUUAUUUUAGGUCGUCCUUUUCUUGCAACUAGUAGAGCAUUAAUAGAUGUUCAAGAGGGGAAAUUGAUUCUUAGAGUGCAAAAUGAACAGGUUAUCUUUAAUGUUUUUGAAGCUAUAAAAUAUCCUUCUAAUGAUAUUGAAGAGGUGUUUUGCAACUAGUGACAAGAUGGUUAAUAAGGUUAUGCAAGAAAA